AUGGCUUCCCAGACUAUGAAGGCCGUCAACUAUGUUGGCCCUCACAAGGUCAAGGUGGAGGAAGUCAGCAAGCCUAAGAUUGAACAUCCUGACGACAUCAUCGUCAAAGUUACCACCUCUGCCAUCUGCGGCUCUGAUCUACACAUGUACGAAGGCCGAACAGCGGCUGAGCCCGGCAUCACAUUCGGUCAUGAGAACAUGGGUAUCGUAGAGGAGCUAGGCGAAGGUGUUACGCUCCUGCAAAAAGGCGACCGUGUAGUCAUGCCCUUCAAUGUCGCUGAUGGGCGAUGCCGCAACUGCGAGGAGGGCAAGACCGCUUUCUGUACCGGUGUUAACCCUGGCUUCGCUGGAGGAGCAUAUGGCCAAGCACAAUACAUUCGGAUUCCCUACGCCGACUUCAAUGCCCUGAAGCUCCCACCAGGAAAGGAGCACGAGGCCGACUUCAUCCUUCUUGCUGACAUCUUCCCCACUGGCUGGCACGGCGUGGAAAUCUCUGGCUUCCAGCCGGGCGAGUCCAUCGCUGUUUUCGGCGCAGGCCCCGUUGGUCUCAUGGCUGCCUACUCCGCCGUUCUGCGCGGUGCCAGCAACGUCUUCGUUGUCGACCGUGUCCCUGAGCGUCUGGCUGCUGCUGCGAAGAUCAACGCCAUCCCCAUUGACUUCAGCAAGGGCGAUGCCGUGGAGCAGAUCAUCAAGGCCAAUGGCGGUGAGGUCGACCGCUCUGUUGAUGCCGUCGGCUACCAGGCUGUUGGCAGCGGAGGCAACAAGGAGGAGCCCAACAUUGUGCUUGAGAACAUGAUCAAGGUCACCCGGGCCUGUGGUGGUUUGGGUAUCCCAGGCCUCUACGUCCCAAGCGACCCCGGUGCCCCAGACUCCGCUGCUGCCAAGGGCAUGAUUAGCCUUAGCUUCGGCAAGCUCUUCGAGAAGGGUCUUUCUCUUGCAACUGGACAGUGCAAUGUCAAGUCUUACAACCGAUACUUGAGAGACUUGAUCAUUGCGGGUAGGGCAAAGCCUAGCUUUGUUGUAUCACACGAGAUUGGCAUCGAGGAUGCCGAGGUCGCCUACGAGAAAUUCGACAAGAGAAUCGACGGCUACACCAAGGUUCUCAUUCAUCCCAACGGUGGAUUCUAA